AAAAAAAUUCAGUUUGCCAAAAUUCGAAAGAGAGGAAAAGAUUUUUUUUCAGUUUUAAAUUCUUUUGAGUGACUCGUUUUAAAUUAAAAAAAAUUUUGGAUUUGAAAAAAAAGAAAUAAAUAUUUAAAGUGAUCGGGCACAAAAAGUCUCUAUAAAUUUUCUGUUAUAAAUAAUGGAUAGGAUAGAUGCGAGCAAGUCGACGAAAGGUGCGAGCAAAUUACGAAGGGACCUGAUAAACGCAGAAAUCGCGAAUCUACGUGAUCUUCUGCCACUUCCGCCUUCGACGCGACAGAGGCUCUCUCAACUUCAACUUAUGGCAUUAGUUUGUGUCUUUUUACGUAAAGCCAACUAUUUUCAGCACGCUCUGAAAAGCAGUCCAGCGGAUUCGUCCAAUAUUCCGACGCCCAAUAUAGGAUUUUCCAAAGCCAUGUCGGGGUUUAUUAUGAUGAUGACGCAACAAGGCAAACUACUCUACAUAUCUGAAAACGCCGCUGAAUACCUUGGGCACUCUAUGGUAAAAAAAAACGAGGACCUCUUGAUUCAUGGAGAUAGCGUUUACGAUGUAAUCGACAAACAAGAUCAUAUGACGGUGCAAAAUCAAUUGGCUCGUAACAGUCCAACGGCCGAUGACAAAAGACUCUUUCUUUGUCGAAUUAACGUGUCUCGAAAUUCACGUCGACAACUUCGUUUCGGGGAUCAAAAGGUUGUGUUGGUGGAGGGCCAUUAUCUGCCUUUUGUGCCACUUUGUAAUCGCAAUGAGUCAGUUUUUCUGGCUUCUUGCACGCCGGUGGUUCUUCCUGAGACGAGAGAAAGUGUCGUGCAAGGCGCCACGAAUAUUUUUACCACAAUUCAUUCAAUGGACAUGAAGUAUCUUCACAUUGAUAAAACGGCAGAAAGUCAUAUGGAAUAUAGUCGUUCUGAGCUGGUUGGUGUUUCCUGGUACAAUCUUCUCCACUGGGAUUGCAUACGAACAGCGUAUUGUAAACAUCAAACUGUUAUUCAAUCGGAUCAGGAGCGAUCGAGCACGGCAUUAUUGAGGCUACAGAAUCGUUCUGGAAGAUGGUUUUGGGUCCACUGCGUUCUUCAAGUCAAAGAUAGUUCAGAAGAGUGUCAGCAUCCCAUUAUCGUUUGCACCAAUCAAGUAUUAAGCGAAAAAGAGGCGGAAGUGAUGCGAGCGAGUACCUGGCUCUAUCAGUAUUCAUCCCAAUCGAAAUUCACCUACGGCAUUUGUCCAACGGGCCAAAAUCAAACGAUUCCCUAUUCUCAUCAUCACGAUUAUGUGAGAUCGAGUUUUAUACCCGAGUCGGAAUCCUCGCCAUCGUAUCCCAUUGAGGAAUCGUGGAAGGAACGUUCGGUCAAGACGGAGGGUGAAUAUGUGAUGCCAAAAUGUGGAAGACUGACAAGCGAUGAAGCUGAACCUGUUGAUAUGUCAAUUAAUAGUUCGACGGAAAAUGAGAAUAGAACACUUCAUAAUCAUCAUCAACAACAACAACAACAACAACAACAGCAGCAGCAGCAGCAACAACAUCAACAUCAUCAUCAUCACCAUCAUCAUAAUUCUCCUCAUCAUCAUUCGUUGAAUGUUCAUUCGUUAAAUUUCAAUCCAAAACAUCAUAAGGUACAAAAAUGUUUGACACAUCCUGGUUACAGAUCAAAAUUAACAACACACGUUCCGAUUCAGUUUUCAACGGGCGAUUCGAACAAGUACAAUAUCAUUGAUCUGGAUAAAGGUCACGUGGAGGGAUGCGAUAGAAAUUAUUCUCACAAGCGAUUAGUGGUGAAACCAUUGCCCCAAAUGAUGGAGCCGACUGAUUCAGUGGAGCACUGGAGCUCGAGUCCUUUAUGGUCCGAUACUCUUCAGAGGGUACCUGAUGUUGUUCACCAGGACUUGAGUCCCUAUAUAACCACUCCAACAACUCCGGCUGAUACUCCCGACUCGGAGUUACACUCGGAAGCGCCUGUGUUCAAUUUUGACUGGACUGGAGAGCAGCAUGUGCCAAAUCUGAAGAUCUUCCGCAACACUAACCACGAAACGAGAAAAACUCAUGACGUUCAGCCGAUAACUCUUCAGCUUCCAAAAAAGAAGAAUCAUUCUGAACAGUCCAGAGAUUUUUCCAAGUGAAUAGAAAAAGGCUUUAGAUUAUUCUGCAUUCUAGGAAUUGAAAACCCUUUUUAUUCAAAAAAAAAAUUGUCAUUAUUUUCAAUCUCGGUCGAAAAGCUUUUCGAGAAUUUUUUUCCGCACGUUUAAAACGGUUUAUUUUUCUAAAAAGGGAUUUUUUUCAAUUUUUUUUCAAUUUCCUAAAUGCGCAACUUUGAGCCUAAUUCACGAUUCUCUUUUAAAAAAAUUUGACGGAAUUUAUCCAAGUAAGAGUACUUUAAUAUAUUUAUUUUCUUAUUCAAUUUUUUAAACUGAAAAAAAUUAAUUAAUUCCACAUGUUAAUUUUUUUUAAGUUUAAAAUAUUGAAUAUUUUUUUUAAUUUUUGUGCCUUGAA